AUUCAACCUGAAAGUUGAAUGUUACGUGUUGUAGAUCAGUGUUCUGUGUGGGACCAAGAGAUACUGAUUUAGAUUUAGAAGUCUAUAGUCUAUAUUAAUAGUAAAAAUACUAUGACUGAACAUCGAAAUCCGGGAAUAGAUUAUGACGAGUCACUGUUUAAAGAUGUCAGAAUUAACCUUUCUGCUGUAACAAGGCGUGCAGCAGAUCUGGGCAACAGAAGAGGUGUGAAAAAACAAUGGCAGGCUGCAUGGCAGCUGAGAGCAGUGACGUGCAUUGAUCUGACUACUUUAGCAGGAGAUGAUACUGCAGCAAAUGUAUCUCGCUUGUGUUUUAAAGCAGCACACCCAAUUAGUCAAGAUCUUCUAAAGAUGCUCAACAUGAGUCAAAAAGAUAUAACAACUGGUGCAGUGUGUGUAUAUCCCAACCAAGUAAAGGCUGCUAAAGAAGCAUUAACUCAGGCUGGAAAGCCAAAUAUCCCUAUAGCUUCAGUUGCUACUGGAUUUCCAUGUGGACAAACACCUUUGCAGGCAAGGUUAGAUGAAAUUACAUCAGCCGUGAAAGAUGGUGCAUCUGAAAUAGAUAUUGUCAUAAAUAGGACAUAUGCCUUAACUGGCAACUGGAGAGGUGUGUAUGAUGAGGUCAAAAAGAUGAAAGAAGCAUGUGGCCAUGCACAUUUGAAAACAAUUCUUGCAACUGGUGAACUUGGGUCCUUAAAAAAUAUUUACAAAGCUAGCAUGGUUUGUAUGAUGGCAGGUGCUGAUUUUAUUAAGACAUCAACAGGAAAAGAAGGAGUGAAUGCUACUUUUGUAGUAGCUCUUGUAAUGAUCCGAGCUAUACGAGAUUAUCAACAGCUCACUGGAUAUAAGAUUGGUUUCAAGCCUGCUGGAGGUAUAAGAACUGCCAAAGAUGCCUGUGUUUGGCUUUCUAUGAUGAAGGAAGAACUAGGAAAUGAUUACACAAAAAACAAUCUUUUUCGAUUUGGUGCCAGUGCUUUAUUAGGUGACAUAGAACGGCAGUUGUAUCACUAUGCAACCGGUUUUUAUCCUGCUAUUACUGAAAUGCCAAUGGGCUAGACAUUUAAGGGUGGGUCUAAUCUAAGUGUGUUCAGUCAUGUUGUUUCUCAGCUAGUGAUUUCUAUACCUUAUUUAUUUAUAUUUACUCCUAUGGUUAUUCUAGAGAACAAACACUCCCAUUAAAAUAUCAAAAUUUUAAAAUAUGCAUUGUUUACUGUUUUUGGCUAUUUGUAUUUUUUGAGUAUUUUUUGGUUACUGUUGAUCUUUUUUUUGGACAACUUAUAAUUUCUAUUUAAGAUACAAUUUAGUACAGUGAAUAAAGUGCCUUAUGUUGCCAUUUAGUACAAAUUCAUUAUAUGGUGUAAUCUCAAUCACUGUUAGCUAUAUCCUCAGGUGUAAAAAAGAAAAGA